AUGGGGAAAAAGGGAAGCUGUUUUUCUGCAGUAAAAAAGGUUCUUUGUACUAAGAACAAGAAGAAAGAGAAGCAAAACCAAAAAUCUAGAAAAUGGUUCCAGAAGCAGAAGAACGCGGACUUGGAUUCUUCCGGUGCACAUACCACAACAGCGGAUCCUGCAGCCGCUCCUCCUAUAGAGCAGAUGAGAUUCGCGGAAGCCGAGAAUGAGCAAAAUGAGCAUUCCUACGCUGGUGCGCUUGCUACUGCUGUUACAGCACGUGAAUUAGGUGAAUCGAAGGAAGAGUUUGCAGCUAUCAUGAUAGAAACAGCUUUUCGUGGAUAUAUGGCUAGGAGGGGAUUCAGGGCUUUGAGAGGACUAGUGAGGUUGAAGAAAAUGGUUGAAGGGCAAUCUGUCAAACGGCAAGCCACUUCUGCUUUAAGGUACAUGCAUACAGUAGCUCGUGUUCAAUCUGAGAUUCAUACCAGAAGAAUUAGAAUGUUAGAGGACAAGAUGGCUCUCUUCCAACAGAAGAACGAGAAGGAGCAGGAGAAGUUGAUAGCAUCCAAAUUUGGGGAUAUUUGGAAUGACAGCACACAGUCAAGGGAACAAGUUGAAGCAAACCUCCAAAGCAAGCAGGAGGCUGCCUUGAGAAGGGAAAGGGCUUUGGCUUAUGCAUACACACAUCAGAAAACACAGAGGCAUCCUUCAAAAGCUACAAAUCAGACAUUCACGGACUCGAAAAAUCCCCAGUGGGGCUGGAGUUGUUUGGAGCGACGGAUGGUUUCACGCCUAUGGGAAGACAAAAGUGCAUUUGACAAAGAACUUAACAGUAUUCAACACACUGCAAAGCUCCCAACCAACCAUGCCACUUCUGUUGGUGAAUUUGAUCACUCUCGUCGUGAUUUUCACCUUGACAAUGUGCCUUCUCCAACCGCUCAUAAACAAAGCCAAUCACCAUCAACACCUCGGUCAACGCCAGUGAGAAUAAGGCUAGCAAACCCAAGGAGAAGUAGUAAUGUGGAUGGAGACUCAAGAAGCAUUGCCAAUGGUCAGUCGGAUCGUGGAAGGAGGCAUAGCAUAUCGUCAAUUAGAGAACACGAAAGCCUCGCGAGAUUCCCACAUGUUCCUAGUUACAUGGCAGCAAAAGAAUCAGCAAAGACGACCAAGUUGCAUUUACCAAGUUCAUUGGAUUUCAAGAAGAAUGGAACACCAGAGAAGGGAACAUGUAAUUCUGCAAAGAAACGAUUGUCUUUUUCGACAUCUCCUCGUGGUCCAAGGAGGCAUUCUGAUCCACAAAGUUAGAGGUGUGAAAGGAAGUAUUUUUUGAUAGCAAGUUACAAAGAGAAGAAGGCCUAAUACUUUGGCUUUUCUUCUUCAAAAACUUUCUCGGUGGAAUUGAACAAGGGCGAGUUUCAACUAGAGAAAUUGUUAAAUGCCAUUUGCAUUGCUUCUAACAUUAUGCAUUGCUGCAUCCAAUGAUUGUUUUCUAGUGAUAAUGAGCAUUUUUCAUUGGCUCCAA